GUUUUAGCUUAACACAGGCUAUCCCUUUAAGAAAAACAAUGACCUGUGUGGGAGGAGGGGCUGCAUCCUGAGAAUCAGGUGCAUGUCUGAAGGGAUGAUGUCAUCUUUCUAACGAGACCUGCCCGGGAGGGAAAAGGAAAACAUACGGAUGCAGGACAAGAUAUUUCCUUAAUUGCAGUAUUCCAGAUGGGAGGAUGUACAGGACAUGGUUAAGACUGCGUGUAGUUGGUGUCCUUGACAUCAUCCAGGGGAUAUACCUUAAAAAAGAACAUGUUUUUGGUAUUUCAUCCUGCAAGUUUCUUUCAGCUAUCCGAUUCAAGCCCUUUCUCUGAUAUAAGUAUUUUCAAUGAAAACAAACUACUUGCCAAAAACUGUCGAAAUCAUGGGGUUUGAGCAAAGCUGGAUCACAUUGCACAAACCAUCAAAUUCAGUGAAAUAAGCAUAUUUUUAAUUUGCCCAGGGGCCAUAAUUCUAUGAAUAUAUACACACAUAUAUAAAUAUAUUUAUUUUUAGUAUUACAGUAUUGUUUAGUGAGAAAUAUAUUAAAGAUCAAUCCUACUAUUUAGUUCCUCAUAUUGUGCGCUUGCUAGCACAAAGUGUUUUGUAGUCUUCCUUCAAUCUUCAUUCAGUGGUUGUGUUUCUGUAUUAUUAUUAUUUUUUUUUUUUAUCUUGGUCUCUCAAAAGGCUGUGAGUUUAUUGUAGGAGGUGAAGUUUGCCAGACUUGGCAGAACCACAAAACAAUGCAGCACAGUAAUUAAGUGACGCAACACUUUACAGUUCUUUUUUUUUUUUUUUUCUCUCCUCGCUUAUAAACCUCUCCUUCACUGCCUAGGAUUUCCAGUUCUUAAGAAUCAAGGCUGAGUUGCUCACAUAUAUGAGCUGAGGUUCUAACAUUUUAAAAGCUUUUUAUUGAAAACUGCUUAAAACCACCAAACGCAAAAAUAAAAUCCUAAAGCCCUGCUGUUUCGUGCUGCAACCUGCUCUUGAAAAAGUUGUCUUUCAUAUUCCCCCUUCAUGCUGCAGGGGGGCACCCAGUCAUGUGAGAAGUGUUGAUUCUCUGUGUGGGUAGGAGUUGCCUCUAGAUUUUCUUUUUCUACUUGCCUGAUCUUUGUGUAUUGGCUGUGCGGGGAGGAUAAAGGUACAUCUUUUUGUUAUUUAUUUCGUUUUACCGUUUGGACCAUACUGGACAUUAGGAAUCACAUUAUCAGUGUGGACCCUCUAAAUAACCUACAGUAUUGAACUUGUUGUUUUUUAAGGAUCUUUUGAGCUAGUAACAUGCUCAGAACAAGAACACACUCUGGAUUUUGUACACCUGCAUCAGCAUCAGUUGUAUACCCUUGUUCUUUCUCCCUCAAUGGGUUGAGGCCAGAGUAACGUUUCUACAUUCAUCUGUUCCUGCUGAUUUGGUGGUGUUUUUAUUUUCUUUGAUUUCUUCAAAGGAUAUUACAAUUUUUAUCUACAGUAGCUGAUUGAAGCUCCGAGUGUUUCAUUUUCCUCCUCGUUCUGUUUACUUGGAAUUCAAUGAUGUCUUGGAAGAGAAAUUACUUUUCUACGGGUAGAGGAGGUGUGCAGGAGAUGUUUACUCCACGGAAUUCUGUAUCCAUUGCUCCAAGUAAAGGCCUGAUUAAUGAGCCAGGACAAAAUAGCUGCUUCCUAAACAGUGCACUGCAGGUUUUGUGGCAUCUGGAUAUUUUCCGCCGGAGCUUCCGACAGCUUCAAACUCACAAAUGCAUGGGUGACUCGUGUAUAUUCUGUGCACUUAAGGGAAUCUUCAACCAGUUUCAGUGUAGCAGUGAAAAGGUAUUGCCAUCAGAUGCCCUUCGUAGUGCCCUUGCCAAGACCUUCCAAGAUGAACAACGGUUCCAGUUAGGUAUUAUGGAUGAUGCAGCAGAAUGCUUUGAAAAUCUGCUAAUUCGACUUCACAUUCAUAUAGCAGAUGAGUCCAAAGAAGAUAUCUGCACAGCCCAGCACUGUAUUCCUCAUCAGAAGUUUGCAAUGACUUUAUUUGAACAGUGUGUCUGUACAAGCUGCGGUGCUACUUCGGACCCACUGCCCUUUAUUCAGAUGGUACAUUAUAUCUCCACUACUGCUCUCUGUAAUCAAGCAAUCUGUAUGUUGGAGAGAAGGGAAAAGCCAACACCUGAUAUGUUUGGAGAAUUGUUACAGAAAGCUAGCACUAUGGGGGACCUGCGAAACUGCCCAAGCAAUUGUGGUGAAAAAAUAAGAAUACGACGUGUGCUUAUGAACGCACCACAAAUUAUCACUAUAGGCUUGGUAUGGGACUCUGACCAUUCGGAUCUUGCGGAGGAUGUCAUUCAUAGUCUUGGAACAUGCCUAAAACUUGGUGAUUUGUUUUACAGAGUAACAGACGACAGGGCGAAACAUUCUGAACUGUAUCUUGUAGGCAUGAUUUGCUACUACGGAAAACAUUACUCCACGUUCUUCUUUCAAACUAAAAUACGCAAGUGGAUGUAUUUUGAUGAUGCGCAUGUUAAAGAGAUUGGUCCAAAAUGGAAAGAUGUAGUUACAAAGUGUAUUAAAGGCCAUUAUCAGCCAUUGCUGCUUUUGUAUGCUGAUCCCAGGGGUACCCCAGUAUCAGUCCCAGAUGUCCUGUCUCAGAUGGAUCUACGUCAGUACAGCAGGACUUGUUAUGACAGCGAAGACUCUGGCAGGGAACCGUCCAUCUCCAGUGACACGAGGACAGACUCGUCCACUGAUAGUUAUCAUCAUAAGCAUUCACAUCAUGAGUCUGUCGUGAGCCACUUCUCCUCUGACUCGCAAGGUACUGUGAUCUACAACCUGGAGAAUGAUGCAGCCUCACAGAGCAGCAGGGAUACAGGACACCUGACAGAUAGUGAGUGCAAUCAACGACACUUCUCAAGAAAAGGACCCUUGACAGACCGGAAGCGAAGUUCAAGUCGACCUAGAAGGAAAGGAGAUGAAUCUCAGUCUUCUGGCUAUCACAGUGAAGGUGAAACCUUAAAGGAGAAGCAGGCUCCCAGAGCAGGCCUUAAAAUAUCAAGCAGUUCAAGCAGACUCAGAGACUUUAAAGCAACUGUUAGCAAUAUGAUUCACAGCAGACCAUCACAGGCAUCGCAGACCUCACAGGGCUUGCAUCAUGUUGGCAGCGGAAUGGAUGAGACAGAAAUCAAGCCCCCUUCAAGCUUGACUGUGCGAUCACGGGACUGGGAGAUAGAAAGUAGUAACAAUGAGACAAAGUCCAGCUUUUCCAAUAGGUAUCGCCCAACUUGGCGCCCCACACGUGAGCCAUUAAAUGUAGAUAGUAUCUUCAGAACAGAGAAGAGGAAAAACACUGGAUAUUGUCCACUUAGCCCCUUUUCUGAAGAUUCAGUUAAAGAACUGUCAGUCAGUGAUAUACGAGAAAAUGGUAACCAUGAUACAAAAGAGAAGCACCAGUGUGUGAAAUACAGGAGUUGGGGCAUGGGGCGGAACCUCCCAAAUCUAAUGGAACAGCAACAACCUCGCCUUAUUCAGAGAAUGGAGUCUGGCUACGAGAGUAGUGAACGAAACAGCAAUAGCCCAAUCAGUAUGGACUUGCCUUUAUCAGAGAACUGCAGCGCCUUUAGGGAGUAUCACUCAAGGAAAAGUCCUGCGGCAGCACCAACUUGGCGAAACAUCCCGAAAUCACAAAGCAGCAGUGCUCUAGAUAUGGCUGAUUCUGCCUCCAGUGUCUGGGUGAAAGUCCAUCCUUCGCAUAUUGUGGGGGUUGAGGGUCCAGUGCCCUUAAAAAGUGAACUUGAUGAACUACAAGAGGAAGUAGCAAGACGAGCACGGGAGCAAGAGAUGCGCUGGAAACGGGAAAAGGAGAUUGAAGUUGCCAUGGGAUUUAACCCACGUCCUAGGCGCUUUUUGGAUUUGGAUGAAUUACAGAGCCAGGGAAGGAGUGACACCUUUGAACGUUCCAUACAGGAGGCAGAUUCAAUCUUUGAGCAGUCAUUAAGGCUGGAACAGAAAGGAGAUUACAACACAGCUAUGGCACUUUGUAAUGAAGCUAUUUCUAAAUUCAGACAUGCCAUGCAUGAUGCCAGAUCUAGCACACACUGCAGAGCCCUAGCAGAUAAGAAGUUGCAAAUGUGUAUACGAAACGCACGGAGUCUUCAGGACCGCAUGCUGUAUUCGACAGUUCCACAGCCGCCGCCUCCAGUUUACCCCUUUCCACAGGGGGAAGCCAUAAGCCAAUCAACAAGUGACCAGGCUAUCACGGACCAAGUUCCAAUGAAUCAACAGGUAUUGCUGAAGACAAACUCAAAGGAAGACUUUACAUCCACUCCAUCAUUCCACACAUUCACUUCUAACCAUGAGUUGCUUCCAUCGCCCUCUGAGUCUUCCAAUUUGUCUGCUUCUGAGCAUAGCCUACUAAGCAAACCAUUUUCAAACUACCAUACAUCACCAACAGACACUGAUUGUCAAGGUGCUGCCCCAACUCCUAAGUACAGCACCGCUGAAAAAAUGGUAACAAGAGAGGAUUUCAAACAAGGCAACCAAAACAAUAUGCCAAAGACUGAUAGAAAAACCGAUAACAGUCCAGAUAACAACAGCAAAGUGGCAGAGGAUCACGAGGUUAAAGACGGUCUUCUAUCAUUACGCAAGAUGAAACUAAACGGGAUUAAAUCUGGCUCUUUACCAUCACUGCUAUUUCCGUGGGCACGUCGAACACAAGCUCAAUCUCCUGACAGAAGCAACCCUCCCAACUAUUGUAACAAAUCAGUUAGUACUGAAAUUAAUAUUAGCACUGAUCAGGUUGGUUCCAGUGCUGCAACUCCAAUCUCUCAUUUUGGCGCCAGCAGUCUCAACCUUCCUUCACCCAAUCUGACCUCAAGACAAAACAGCCACGAAAAUUUGUUUGAAAAACCGUGUGAAUUUAAUAACCCCGAACCUUGCAAAAUUGAGGCACCAAAGAGUAAGGGUUUAGUGCGCUCUCUAGCAGAGCAGUUUCAGAAGCUGCAAGGGGGCUCUCCAAAGAGAAACAGUUUAGGUGUUAAUUGUACUGGCGUUGACAGUCCUGUACAAAAGCCUCCACUUACACAAAUACAGGAAUCUUUAAAUCUUUCACACACAGAGUCCAAUCCACAGCCGCUACUAAUACAAGAAAAUAACUUUUGGACAGAACAAGCAAGACAUUCCCCAGAAUGCCAUGAUAAAUCUUUGGGCAUGAAAAGUUCUAAUACAGAUCUUAAUAAACAGAAUAUUGCAUUGCAUAAGGAAGAUUUACCCCAAGGGAUUGUGAAUAAUGUUAAUACUUCAUUUAACCAUGGAAAACUUUUUUACAAAGGAGAAAAAAAGGUGAAAUUUGGAAGCGCUAUUCAUUUGCCUGCCUCUCUGCCAGUGGACCAGUGGGCUGAGAAUGUCAACAGGUAUUAUCAUACCUGUAUGGAUGGUACAGAUCAGCAGAGUUUAUCACCUAAUUCACGUUCUGUGAGGCAUGGCUUAUCAAAGAGCUCAAUAGAUCUACACCAGGCGUGGAAGCAGGAUACAGAUCAAGAUAUUUCAGAGCUGGAAAGCUUAUAUAAUAAAAGCCUAGAGGCUUGUCCAAACAACAGGAAUUUGCAAUGGAAGCCAGAUAACACAAAACCAUCUUAUGGAAAACCAAUUUUUGAUAACACAACAAGGACGAUAAAAACACCUGAUGGCAGAGGUCUAUCAAGGACUCCCACGGCAGAGAUUGAAAACAGUCUCUGUGAAACUACACUUUCACCUGUGUCUAAGGUCACUCAUGGCAGGGAACCUGAGGACGACGAGCUGUACAGUGCAGAGAAUUUCCGGCGCCUGGCACGAAGUUUUAGUGGGAAUGUCAUCACAAGCAGAGAAGAGACACUAGUCUCAUCUCAGAGUUUUGAGGCAUCCAAUGAGAGGAAGUCGCUAAUGGACAGCAGCCAUCGCUCUCACAGCUCCUCCUCCCACCCUUAUUCCCACAAUCCUUCUGUCUUAUCCUAUGAACCCCAGCACUACCCAACCCAGCUGCAGCACCCAUCCCAUGAGGUACUGGCGCCCAGCAUGGUGGGUGAGACACACAGAUCACCAGGAGGUACAAACUUCAAAAACGUUUUGGCUAUGCCUGACGGGGGUGAAACUAUCAAAAGUAGCGAAUACUCAGAAAUGGCACUGAGCUAUGCAACUCUUCCAAGAGUGCCAAGGUUCAGUUCUCCUAUACACUCCAAUCAUUCACCAAGGUUGAACCACAUUGACUGCUGGCAAAACAAGAGAGCCAUAGAACAGAGCAGUCCAAGUGGUCAUCUCUGGUCAGGUAAAGCAGCUCCAACAUCUGGGCCUGACCAUCGCAUGAUGAAUUCUGGUUUCAUAAGCUCUCCUGGCAAAAGAUUAAGUGGCCCAUUUCAACAAACAUCUGGCUACAGAGGCUACGAAUCUUACUUGGUCAAUCGCAUGCCAUUGUCUCCUGUCGAGUAUGGUACCUUAAGAAUGCCGCGUAGUUCUUCUGUGGGUAGAGGAGAUUCCUGGAGAAGUUCAUUGGCACCUCAGCCUAGAAUUCAGAGUCCAAAGAGAGUUGAUAUGCCCCCAGACGAUGAUUGGAGACAAAACAGUUAUUCCCCUCAGCUAGGUGGUAAGAGACCUCUUCCAGUAUAUUCAUCCCAUAGGACCUACUCACCUAGUUCUGAUAUGUAUGGGACAGUUAACUGGAGAGGUGGCAUUAACUUGCACAGAAAUGGUCGAUAAGUUUUUGGUUUGUUUUUAUUUGUUUGUUUUUUUUCUGUCUUGCUCAGCCAGCCUAUAGUGGGCGAAAAAAUCAUAACUAGUUACUGCCAGACUUGCAGUUUGUAAUACAAAAGGAAGAUCCUGUAUAAUAAAAUUUAAAUAAAGUGAGUUGCCAGUCUUGUCUUAACACCUUGCGCCUGUGGAGAGCCACCUUGUAUUAGAUUUUGUAGACAAAUUGAAAUCCUGUUUCGUCAGAGUGGUCAAUGGUCUUUAAAGGUUUUUCUGUGAACUCUCUCGGACCAGUAGAUAAUAUUUCAGGAAUUCCUGUUUUGAAAUCUCAUAAGCACUUCAGGUUUGCAUUGUGGACAGAUCUUUGUUCCACAUAACAAAAUAGCAAGAGCAAUUGAUUUUGUAUAUUGUCAGUAUGGUGCUCGCCCAGCAAUAAUUGCUUUAACAGAAAGCUUAAAAGUGAUUAUGGUGUUUUUCAAGUUUCCUGGUAAUGGAGGAAUGGAUUUCUAUAUCUAUUUAGAUUUUUCCGAAAACCAAUGCCUUUUCUCUUUCAGGCCCUGCUCCAGUUAGCAAUAGUAAUAUGUUGCAGUGGUGUUAGAUUCAAUAUUUAAAUGUUUGCAAUUCUAUGUGGGUUCCCUAUUGGUGACUAUAUGACCAAAAGGAUCUUAUGAGUUUCUCUAACCCAUGUGCUGCAGCCCUGCAGGACUUAUAGUAUUCCUUCCUAGUCCUCCCUUUAAACUUUUCUUUCAUGCUUAAUGCUGUCAGAAGGGCUUGCCGCUUCCUGGCUGGAAAGAGUUAACUGUAGCAGACCAAGAACUUCUGUGACGGUCUUCUAGUGGUAAUCAAUAAACCAGCGUAGAGCCUGUCAGUCAAAGGACUUGAACUGUUUGUUAUAAACUAAAUUAAUAUAUAUGUAUGUAUGUGUAUAUAACAUAUAUAUAUAUAUAUAUACACACACACACACACAGAGCAUUAUGCGAGCGAUAGUUAAGCACAAAUCUUGACUACUGUAAAGGAGGUGGGAGGUAUGUGAGGGCAAUGCCAAGGUUGUUUUAAGAAAGCCCUCCCCACCCCCCUUUUCCUUCCCUCAAUUGUAGCAAUGCUUAUAACAGAAGACUGUUAUCACUGCAUGCAUAACUCCACUGAUGUUAACAGCUAGAGUAAAAAUUAAAUAUUUUAGUGUCAAAACAUUUGCUUU